CUUUAAAAAUGAAAGCAGUAAUCUGGUUGUUAUGGCCACUGCACCGCUCUUCCUCUGCUCAGGUUUUGAUAAAUCUCCCCAUAUUUUUUAUCUAGAAUAUACAGAUCAGUUUUUGGGCCCCGGUUUUGAUGUGUAAAAUAUUCCACCACAUGAGAAGAUCUUCCCUAGUUCAUACCUUCUUCUUCUCCUUCUUCUCCUCCUCCUCAGUUUCUUAAUGUUGGAUCCAUGCAGGAAAGUUCUGGAGGAAUGAAGAGAGAACUGGAGGAACCCCGAUCAGUGUCAGAGAAUGGUGAGAGUAUAAAUCCACCAGAGAGAUGUCCCCGUCCUCCAUAUCCCCCGGACUGUAAAGAGGAAGAGGAGGAUAUCCCACUGGACCAUCAGGUACACAAGGAUCAGUACAAGGAUCAGGUCAUGAUGGAGGAUCACCAGUCCCUCACAUCACCAGGUAAGAGGAGAGAGCAGGUUUGUGGAUCUCCUAGAUUCCCCCAUCAUCUGAUCAUCACAUAUAACAAUGGAUUCAGUCACUGUGUUUAUUUCCUAUAGAUGGAUCCAGUAGUAUAAAUCCCCCAGAGAGAUGUCCCCGUCCUCUAUAUCCCCAGGAUUGUAAAGAGGAAGAGGAGGAUAUCCCACUGGACCAUCAGGUAGAUGUUGGACAUGAUCUUUCUCUUCACAGAACAUUAGUCCAGGACUUCAGCCGCAUCUAGAAUAGAACAUAUUUACAUCUGUGGUAGCCCUUGGGGGGUGUUGGUAGUGGGGGUAUUGUUUCGGUGUAUGAGGGGUUAAUGUUAACCCUAUAGUUCGUGACGCCAGGCUGAGGGCCAGUAUGCUGAGGUAAUCCUCCAGCCUUUCGCCGCCCUUCCAGAAACGACAGGUGCAUGUAAUGAAAUGACUGAAGGUCCACAAUGUACUUGAACUUGAACUUGGGUAACUUUACUUGCUUUUGGUACAUCCAAUGAACAAUGACAGUCUCAGGAAUACAGUCUUUAUAUAGCUCAAUGACUGAAAAUUGUUGCGGACCUUGAAAUAAAUUAAAGUCUCUGAAUUUAGGGUAAUUAUUGCAGAUCCGUCUGGAUUUAGCGGAUAGAUAAGGUCCGGUGAUCCUGCAGAGUGCGUGGGGAUUGAUACACUCAGAAUUUAGAAGUUAUCGGCCGUCGCCGCAAGGUUCAGGCCUAGACUCACUGAUCUCAGCAGCGCAGAUGCUUCUUGCUUGCUUGCACAGGAACAAGAGUCCAAGAGAGUGAGAAGAUGGCCGCCGCUCCCUUAUAUGGGCAGGGGCGGGGCUAAUCUGAUUGGUCCGAACAUCCGUCAUUCACUGUUACAAUGAGUGAUGGGAUUGACUACGUCACAAGGACCUCCAAAGGUCCUAAAGCAGAAAUACCAUAGAGUUCACUUAACCACGUGACCCGCAGGUCCUGCUACGCUAUGGACAGGUAAUUAACUAUUUAUAGGGCAUUUACAUAAUAUUUACAUGCUUCCUAAGUAAGCUAUUAGUACAAUAACUAUCUGGAUGAGAGGUGACUAGGGGUGAACUAGACAAUGGGGACCCCGACGUCCUAGGGACUCUGGCUAAGGGGACCCACACACGAAGGUACGGAUAGGAUACGGUACCGGGACACCACAUAUCCCUUUUAUAUUAUUAUUAUUAUAUUUUUAAAUCCCCAGGAUUGCAAAAAGGAAGAGGAGGAUAUCCCACUGGAACAACAGGUAGAUGAAGCUGAGAUAUUUACAAAUCCCCUAUAGAUGAAUAUAAUUGUUUCAGGGUCCAUAAAAGAUUGUGGUAAAUGUCGUCCUCUGUGCACUUGGCAAUAAAGAUUCAUCCUGGAUAAAUGUAAAGUUCUCCCCUGUAGAUGAUGGAGUAAAUAACAGCACAAUGCCAGUCAGCUGCUACUAAGGCUCCAGAAUACUGUCAUGUACUGAAGGAGUCAUUGGCCAUAAUCUUUCUGCUUUACAGAACAUUAGUGCAGCCUCAGCUAUGAGGAAAGAUACAAAAUGAUGACAUUCAUUAAGUCUUGACAAGAGACGUCUAAUGGAGGAACAUCUCCAGCGGUGAUAAAAGGAUUCUUUACUGUAAAAGCUGUGAUGUUACUGAAUAAUGUUAGUGAGCACAGCUGUCCUCUUUAGGAUAGAUUCCCAUCACUUCAUGGGACAUAAUAACAUAUACAUAACUGCUGAUGUGUAAUACACUAGGAUGAUUGUAGAUCCUAUGUGAUCACCACUUGAGGAGAUCCUUGUGCAGAUUGGUUCAUACCUUCUAGGGGGGAUGUAACACUCACCUGGAUAGAAGAUAAACUAAGGUUCCUUUAUGUUUUUUCCUCAGGUCUAUAAUAUGGAAUCUUUGCAGGAAAGUUCUGGAGGAACAAUGAGCGGACUAGAAAACCCCAUAUCAGAGAAUGGAAAGAAGAAAUUUUCAUGUCCGGAAUGUGUGCAGUGUUUUACUCAUAAAUCAAAUCUUGUGCAACAUAUGAAAACUCACACAGGAGAGAAGCCAUUUUCAUGUCCAGAAUGUGGCAAAUGUUUUAGGCGGAAAUUACAUGCUGUUCAACAUCAGAGAAUUCACACAGGAGAGAAGCCAUUUUCAUGUUCAGAAUGUGGAAAAUUAUUUAAUGAGAAAUCAAAACUUGUUAUACAUCAGAGAAUUCACACAGGUGAGAAGCCAUUUUCAUGUUCAGAAUGUGGAAAAUCCUAUCAUGAAAAAUCAACACUUGUUGUUCAUCAGAGAAUUCACACAGGAGAGAAGCCAUUUUCAUGUUCAGAAUGUGGAAAAUCAUUUAACGAAAAUUCAACACUUAUUAAACAUCAGAGAACUCACACAGGAGAGAAGCCAUUUUCAUGUUUAGAAUGUGGAAAAUCAUUUAGUGAUAAAUCAGCACUUAUUAUACAUCAGACAACUCACACAGGAGAGAAGCCAUUUUCAUGUUCAGAAUGUGGCAAAUGUUUUUGGCGGAAAUCUCAUGCUGUUCAACAUCAGAGAAUUCACACAGGACAGAAGUCCUUUUCAUGUACGGAAUGUGCAAAGUGUUUUACUCAUAAAGCAAAUCUUGUGGACCAUCUAAGAACUCACACAGGAGAUAAGCCAUUUUCAUGCUUGGAAUGUGGGAAAUGUUUUCGGCAGAGAGCACAUGCUAUUCAACAUCAGAAAAUUCACUCAGGAGAGAAGCCAUUUUCAUGUUCAGAAUGUGGAAAAUCAUUCAAUGAGAAAUCAAAACUUGUGAGACACCAGAUGACGCACACAGGAGAGAAGCCAUUUUCAUGCUUAGAAUGUGGAAAAUGUUUUUCCCGGAAAUCAUAUGCUGUUCAACAUCAGAGAAUUCACACAGGAGAUAAACCAUUUUCAUGAAGAGAGAAGCCAUUUUCAUGUUCAGAAUGUGGUAAAUGUUUUAGGCGGAAAUUACAUGUUGUUCAACAUCAGAGAACUCACACAGGAGAAAAGCCAUUUUCAUGUUCGGAAUGUGGAAAAUCAUUUAAUGAGAAAUCAAAACUUGUUAAACAUCAGAGAAUUCACACUGGAGAGAAGCCAUUUUCAUGUUCAGAAUGUGGAAAAUCAUUUAAUGAGAAAUCAACACUUGUUAAUCAUCAGAGAAUUCACACAGGAGAGAAGCCAUUUUCAUGUUCAGAAUGUGGAAAAUCAUUUAGUGAGAAAUCAACACUUGUGUUCCACCAGAGAACUCACACAGGAGAGAAGCCAUUUUCAUGUCCAGAAUGUGGCAAAUGUUUUUGGCGGAAAUCUCAUGUUGUUCGACAUCAGAGAAUUCACACAGGAGAGAAGUCAUUUUCAUGUCCUGAAUGUGCAAAGUGUUUUACUCAUAAAACAAAUCUUGUGGACCAUGUGAGAACUCACACAGGAGAUAAGCCAUUUUCAUGCUUGGAAUGUGGGAAAUCUUUUCGGCAGAAAUCACAUGCUAUUCAACAUCAGAAAAUUCACACAGGAGAGAAGCCAUUUUCAUGUUCAGAAUGUGGAAAAUCAUUCAGUGAAAAAUCAAAACUUGCCAGACACCAGAGCAUUCACACAGGAGAGAAGCCAUUUUCAUGCUUAGAAUGUGGAAAAUGUUUUAGCCGGAAAUUAUAUGCUGUUCAACAUCAGAGAAUUCACAAAGGAGAGAAACCAUUUUCAUGUUCUAAACGUGUCUGAAUGUUCUGAAGGGAUUUACUAAUAAAACAAGUCUUGAGAGACCUCUGAAAACUCACACAGGAGAAAAUCCUUUGUCAUAUACAGUAUUUGGCAAUAUUUUAACAAAAAAUCCAAUCCUAUAAGAACACACAUAAAGGAGAAGCCAUAUCUAUGCUCAGAAUGUGGAAAAUGUAUUAGUAGGAAAUCUUCUUAUACAUCUGAGCACAUACACAGGGUAGAAUCUGUAUUCAGGUUCAGAGUGUGGAAAAUAUUUUAGUCCAAAAUGAAAUCUUGUUCAUCACCUCAGGAUAUACACUCUAUGGGGAAAUCUUAUGUAGUGGAAGAUGUGAGAGCUGACUGAGGAGAGAAGUCAUUAGAAUGUUCAGAAUGUAGGAAAUGUCCGAUGCCCAUUGUAGGACCUGAUGUGUCAGGACGUCUUCUAAGUUAUAGUGUCUCUGGAAUGUUCUUCUCCUGUCUGAUGGUCAGAUAGGACAUGGAGAUGACCAAUCUGUGCACGAGUCCUAUUAAAUCCAUUGGAUGUGUGUAGGAAACCCGCUGGACGUCACAUGCUCGCCUCAGUAACUGUACUGCCCAGCAGGGACUUGUGUCCUUCCACCCCCCAAUCUGAAGAUCAGGGGGGGAGAUCACCAUUAUAGGGGCACUAGAAAUGCCCGGCUACAAUACUGAAAACCAUUACUGCUAUUUCCACAUCCAACUGGGUUUGGACUAAAUGGACUGUAUCCCAAAGUUCUUCUAUGUGAGAAUAAAGUAUGAAGACUUCUCUUUGUUUCUUCUAUUCUUUUUGUAUCUGGAGAAUUCAGACAUUAUUCUUUAUACAGAACAGAAGAGACAUCCUGUGGGACAUGACUUUUCUGGACAUGGGAUUUGUCACCAAAAAGAUAUCAAUAGUGUUGCUGAAAUAUCACAAGUACCAAAACACCCAAUCCCAAAUGUCAGCAAUAAACAAUACAUGUACAAAAAUGAAAAAACUUUAUUAGAAUUGUACAUAUAAUGGAUUAAAAUGAAAUGGCAGAGUGCACAGAACUGAUCAAAUACAGGAGGUAUUGGCAACAAACACUGGAGAAAGUAGAUACAGGUGCCAAUCAAUGGUAGCUUCAGAUAUAACGUAUAUCAUAAUAGGUACAUAUAAGCCCUGCAAGCAAUAAUGACGGCUGAAAAAAGGCACAGAAGAAAAACAUAGUAAAUCAUUGUAGAGCCAUCUGCCACCUGCACUUACCCCAACGCAUGUUUCGCGCUACUGCGCUUCAUCAUGGGUAUAAUUUUAAUUGUAUUGACCCAAAGAAUAAGAAGAAUUGCAGUUUUCUUUUUCAUUUCCUGACACAAAUAGUAUUUUUUUUGGCUGCGCCAUACAUUUUAUGGUAAAGUGAGUGAUGGCAUUAAAACGGACAAAUGGUGGCGCAAAAAACAAGCCCUCAUACUAGUCUGUGGAUGAAAAUAUAAAACAGUUAUGAUUUUUUUGAAGGUGAGAAGGAAAAAACGUAAACGUAAAAAUGAAAUUGUCUUGAGUCCUUAAGGGGUUAAACAUGUGACAACCCUUAUCAUGUGACUAACAACUAUGCGACCAUAUCAAAGGUCCUUUACCCUUAAUAUAUAACUUAUACACAUUAUGAGGGAACACUGCAGGUGAGCCCUGAGGACGUACAAGGACUCAACCUGACAGGACUGUAGGAGCAUAUCCCGUACUGGGACAUCACAGUAUGAUCCACCAAUCAGGAGACAGCCCCAUAAAUAUAGUGUGACGCUUUAUUCAAAUCUUCCUCUUUCUUUGUUGCUUCAAUAGAGAUAAAUUGUGCUCAAUAUUGUUACACAUUUUAUUGUGAUAUCUUAUUCUCAUUAUUUUUUCUUUAUACUUUUAUUAAGUUGUUUUAUUGAUAAUUAUUGAUAUAUGAUUGUUUAAUAUUGCUGAUCAUAUUUCCUGUAAUAUGACCUGGGAAUUCUGGCGAAUACACCCCUAUCGUGGCGGUCUCUGCGGCCAUCAACGGCCGGGACCCGCAGCAAAUACAGGACAACACCGAUUGCGGUGAUGCCCUGUAUUAACCCUGAUACAUUUGUGAUCAAAAAGUACAAGCCCACUCGCCACGUAAAGGCCAUCUAUUUAGAGUGGGUCCCUAACAUCCCUAGCAUAAAAUGGCGUAGCACCGGGCGGCGACCACCACCGCAACACCAGUG